CAACCCAACGUUAUUAACCUUUAGAAGCCCAAAUUUCUCCAAUUUGUACCUUAUUUUCCCCAAUAUUGGAUAUUUUCUCUCUCCACCGCAACAAUCACCAAUGUCCACCACCUCCACCAAUCACCAACUCCAAUCCACCAAAAUCUUCGUCUAUGGAACCCUCAAACGAGGCUUCCCAAACCAUCACCUCUUAGAAAACCUCACCGCCUCAAACGACGCCGUUUUCCUUGGCUGCUACAAGACUAUCAACUCCUACCCUCUUGUAUGCGGGCCCCUUGGUAUCCCCUUCUUAAUCAACAUCCCCGGGUCAGGCCACCGGGUAUUGGGUGAGCUCUACUCGGUAUCGGGCCAGGCCCUGGCCCGGCUCGAUGAGCUUGAAGGGAUCAGCCGUGGACACUAUGAGCGGCUUUCGUUGGAGGUGGUGACGGAGGAGGAAGGUGAGCCGCGGGUGACGGUAGCAGAGGGGUAUUUUGGGCACCGUAGUUUUGGGGAGGAAAUGUGGAGAAAAAAUGGAGAAUUGGGAAUGGAAGAGUAUAUGGAUAAAGAAGGGGAGAAAUAUGUUAGGGUUGAAGAUCGAGAUGUUGGGUUGAAUUUGAGGGAUUAUAUUCGAGUGUAUCUUCAAUCUCAUGAUCAUCAAUCAUCAAUUCAUCAUCCAUCUAGUUGAUCUAUAUUGAUUCAUUAAAUCAAAUCAUUAAUAACAAUUACUUUGUAUAAUCUUGCAACAAUAUUGCAAAUUUGCAUUUUAUGUUUUAUCUUAACAAUGUAAUGCCUGGUUCAACUGAUUUUAUACAAGUUAGUUAAUACGA